AUGUCUUCUCCAGUUAUUGGUAUUUCCUUUGGUAACACUUCCUCUUCCAUUGCAUACAUCAACCCAAAGAACGAUGUUGAUGUUAUCGCAAACCCAGAUGGUGAACGUUCUAUCCCAUCUGUUUUAUCAUAUGUAGGUGAUGAUGAAUAUCAUGGUGGUCAAGCUCUACAACAAUUGGUCAGAAACCCAAAGAACACUAUUAUCAAUUUCCGUGACUUUAUUGGUUUACCAUACAGUCAAUGUGACAUCACAAGAUGUGAAAGUGGUGCUCCAGCUGUUGAAGUUGAUGGUAAAGUUGGUUUUGUCAUUUCCAGAGGUGAAGGUAAGGAAGAAACUUUAACCGUUGAUGAAGUUAUUUCUAGACAUUUGAAACAAUUGAAAUUGGCUGCUGAAGAUUACAUUGGUAGUACUAUUUCUCAAACUGUUCUUUCUUUACCAACUAACUUCACUGCUGAACAAAAGUCCGCUUUGAGUGCUGCUGCUGCUAAAGUUGGUUUGGAAAUUGUCCAAUUCAUUAACGAACCUUCUGCUGCCUUGUUGGCUCAUGUCGAACAAUUCCCAUUCAAGAACGACGUCAAUGUCGUUGUUGCUGACUUUGGUGGUUUGAGAUCUGACGCUGCUGUCAUUGCUAUUCGUGGUGGUAUCUUCACUAUUCUAGCUACUGAACACGAUAACACUUUAGGUGGUAAUGAUUUGGAUAACGAAUUGGUCGAAUAUUUCGCUAAGGAUUUCGAAAAGAAGAACAAAUCUAAUCCAAGAACAAACGCUAGAUCUAUUGCCAAAUUGAGAGCCAAUGCCUCCAUUACUAAGAAGACUUUGUCUAACGCUACUUCCGCUACUAUUUCUAUUGACUCUUUAGCUGAUGGUUUCGAUUACCAUGCUUCUAUUAACAGAAUGAGAUUCGAAUUAGUUACCAACAAGGUUUUCGCUAGAUUUUCUUCUUUCAUUGAAAAGGUUAUCGCUAAGGCUGAAUUAGAUCCAUUAGAUAUCAAUGCUGUCUUGUUGAGUGGUGGUGUUGCUUUCACUCCUAAAUUAUCUUCCAACUUGGAAUUCUUGUUUCCAGAAUCUGUUGAAAUCUUAGGCCCACAAAAUGCUGAAUCUUCUAACUAUCCUAAUGAACUAUCUGCCUCCGGUGCCGCUUUACAAGCUGGUUUGGCUUCUAUUUAUGAUGAAGAUGAAAUGAAGGAAGCUUUGCAACCAAUUGUUAUUAAUACUCCACAUCUAAAAAAAGCUAUCGGUUUAGCUGGUGCCAACGGUGAAUUCUUCCCAGUUCUGAUGGCCGAAACUUCUUACCCAGUUAAGAAAUCUAUUAAAUUAAAGGAAGCUUCUGGUGAUCUAUUGAUUAGUGUCUAUGAAGGUGAACAUCACAUUGAAGAAAAAACAUUAGAACCAGCUCCAAAGGAAGAAAAUGAUGAAGACAGUGAAGAAUGGUCUGAUGACGAACCAGAAGUUGUCAGAGAAAAGCACUAUACUUUGAGUACUAAAUUGAUGGACUUAGGUAUUAAGGAUGUUAAGAAGGGUGUUGAAGUCACUUUCCAAUUGACCAAAGACGCUAAAUUAAGAGUUUCUGUUAAGGACCUAAAAUCCGGUAACAUUGUUAAAGGUGAAUUAUAA